AUGGAGGAAGAUAGAAAAAAGAAAGAGCAGGAACUGGCCGAGAAGAAACGCGCUUUUGAAAAGACUUUUGCCGAGCGAGUCAAUGAACGAGAAGCCAAGAUCAACGAGAGAGUAGCCAGGUUAGACAUACGUGAGCACGAUUUGAAGGAAGAGAUUGAGCUGCGCAAGGCAGAGUUGGAGAGACUCAGGCGUGAGGUGGAUGAUCUACGAAGAGGCAGCAUUGGUGACUCGAAAACAUCCUUGUCAAUGUCAAUGACAAAUGAAAAUUCCGGAAAAAACUCGCCAACGGACAAGAUUUUGAAAAAAAAGUCAGGAACACUGGGUCUCUUCAACCGAAAUUAA